AAUGGAUGUGAACAAUGCUUUCCUUCAUGGCGAUCUACAGGAGGAAGUUUAUAUGCAGCCACCUCCAGGUGUUGAAGCCCCAUCUGAUCAUGUUUGUCGUCUUCGAAAGGCUCUUUAUGGGCUCAGGCAAGCCCCUCGUGCUUGGUUUGAGCGGUUUAGUUCGGUAGUUCAGGCUGCUGGUUUUUCUCCUAGUGAGCAUGAUCCUGCACUUUUCGUUCAUACUUCAAAACAUGGUCAUACUUUGCUUCUCCUUUAUGUGGAUGAUAUGCUAAUCACCGGGGAUGAUCAGAAGUACAUUGCUUUUGUUAAGAGAAAACUUAGCAAGCAAUUCAAGAUGUCAGAUUUAGGGUCUCUCAGUUACUUUCUAGGAAUUGGGGUUGACCAUACCGAGGAGGGUUACUAUCUCUCUCAGCAUCGCUACACUCAAGAUUUGAUUUCCCGCUCAGCUCUUUCUGAUACGCGCACUGCUGCUACCCCAAUGGAGCUCCACUUGCAGUUGUGUCCUAGUGAUGGAAUUCUCCUUGAGGAUCCUUCUCGCUACUGUCAUCUUGUGGGCAGCCUUGUCUAUCUCACUGUGACAAGACCUGACAUUACGCAUGCUGUGCACAUUUUGAGUAAGUUUCUGAGUGCUCCUACCUCAGUUCAUUACAGCCACUUACUUCGCGUGCUUCGAUACUUGAGGGGGACAUCUUCUCGUCAGCUGUUCUAUGCUUCCUCCAACCAGCUCCAGCUGCAUGCCUACUCUGACUCCACUUGGGCGAGUGAUCCUGUUGAUCGUCACUCUGUCACCGGCUAUUGUCUCUUUCUUGGCACUUCUCUCAUUGCAUGGAAGUCUAAGAAACAGACUGCAGUGUCCCGUUCCAGUGCUGAGGCUGAACUUCGAGCCAUAGCCACUACCACAUCAGAGAUUGUUUGGCUUCGAUGGCUCCUGGCUGAUCUUGGUGUGUCUUGUGAUGCACCCACCUCGCUCAUUUGUGAUAGUAUCGCUGCUAUUCAGAUUGCCAAUGAUCCAGUUAAGCAUGAGCUAACCAAGCAUAUUGGCGUGGAUGCAUCGUUCUCACUGCCAACAGUCAACUAUUUUUCUCCAAUAUGUUUCCAUCGGAGCUUCAAGUGGCAGAUUUCUUCACCAAGGUUCAGACUAGAGAACAACAUAGACAUCAUGUUCUCAAACUCAAUGUUUCUGAUCCCCCUUGAGUUUGAG